AUGUCUCAACUUUGCCGUAUCAUACCUCGUGCAACAUGGAACGUACUCUAUGUAUCACGUAUGAGUGCACAUAAUCUUCCACCUGGUACACCUGUUAAAGUAUCUGAAGCUAAAGGUGGACAUCAUAUUGUUUCUGGUUCUGGUCAAUUUAUUGCUACAGAUGGUCCAUCUGCUACCGGACGAUUAGGAGUUGGUGGUGGUAGUAGUGCUAGUAUGUUACCAGGUGCCCAAACAGCUCAUAAUAAAGCCGCACAUCAAUCCCAUAGUUCAACAAGUAGCACAAAUAAAAAGUAUUAA